AUGUCUAGCUAUAGUGGCGAUCAAGAGAAGAUAGUAUUGAAAGUCUUAUCGUAUAAACCUCAUCAAUACUAUGAAAUAUUGUCAGUUGAGAAAACUGCAAAUGAUUCAGAGAUCAAGAAGUCCUAUCGUAAGCUAGCAGUGAAAUUACAUCCAGAUAAAAAUCCACAUCCAAGGUCGUCGGAAGCGUUCAAAUACUUAAAUAAGGCGUGGGGAGUUUUAAGUGAUCCAUCCAAGAAAAGAAUAUAUGAUCAAACGGGAUCAGAUCCGGAUACAAGGUUCUCGAGUCAGCCAGAAGCCGGUGGUAUGGGAGGCAUGAGAGGUAGUCCUUUCGCAACAACCAGUGGUUUUAAUGGUGGCUUUGAAGAUGAUAUUUUUAAUUUGUUCUUUGGUGGUAACAGAUAUGCUAGUGGUGGACCAGCAUUUACGUUUGGAAACAACGGGUUUACAUUCCAGUCAUUCGGUGGCGGCGAACAUCCUUUUUUCGCCAGUAAUAUAAGAGCAAGACAACAACAAGCUCAGCAACGUCAACGUCGUCAGCAGAGACAACAAGAAGAAGAACCUUCAUUUGUCACAACUAUUAAACAAUUCUUGCCAAUUAUACUAUUCAUUUUGGUUCCGUUAUUAUCAUCAUUAUUUUCCGAGUCGUCGUCCCCUGAUUAUUCAUUCAGCCCUACGCCAAUAUAUAAUACUGAAAGAAUAACCCCGACCUACAAAAUUCCAUUUUAUGUGACUAAAGACUUCAUUAAUAAGAAAAAAUUAAGUACUAGACAAUUAAAGAACUUCGAUUAUAAGGUGGAGAAUUUAUUCGUCCAAGAUAAGAGAGGUAAGUGCUCGAAAGAGCAAAUCAGAAAGAAUGAGAUGAUGGAGGAUGCACAAGGUUGGUUCUCAACUGACUAUGAAAAAUUGAGACGAGCAGAGGCUAUGCCAAUGCCUAACUGUCAAGCUUUAAGACAAUUGAAUUUAAUUUAG